AUUUUCAAGGUGGUCAGACCGGGAAUUAAUUCGUUCAUGAGUCGGUUCGGCUGUGUUUGCUCAUCCCUGCGACAUUCGUUUAACCGCGAGCGAUUUAUGAGGAAUACUUCCAAGCCAUCCUAUAAUCUCCAAUCAGAGAUUGAGCUGUAAUGGCUGUGCGACUGGAAAUCGACGCCGAGAAGAAGAAAGACCCGAACCAAGCGAUCGAUUUGUCGAAGUGCAAUCUCCACUCGAGGAAAGAAUUCGACCGAGCUGUCGAGAGAAUUCCUGAUCUGAAAAUCAAGGACGAAAAAGUUCGGUUGGACGACGUGAAAAUUCAGCAGUCGCAGUUCAGCUUCUUCUCAUCCAGGACGGAAGUGCUGAUAUCGAAGAAUGUUCCCCAGCGUGGAUUAGCAGAGAAUGUGUCGGAAUAUGAAUUUCAAAACCCGGUGCCAACUUCGAUGCAGGCCGUUCGCAUUGAAGAUGUAAGCACAGUGGACAUCAACUGGCGCAUGUUAACGCUGGCUCGACCGAUGAACAAACUUGAAGAAGAAAUAUUUAGCAGGUUCGUGGCUCUGGAUAAAUUGAAAAGAAGCUCUCGCCAAUCCGAAGCCGGCCGAGUGCCGCCGAAGAAACAGAUAAUCCAUAAAAUCCCCCGAGAGAAAGGUGCAAGUCAGCACAGUCGAGGAUCGAAAGGCGGCAGUGCAGUUCCGGCAACGAGAUUCCCGGCGUGCAAAGAAUGCAACGAGGAAUUGUGCAACGGUGGCUGCAAAAAUUUCAACUAUGACUUCUCCACCCGGAUCGUGAUCGAGGAUAAAGAGAAGGACAGCGAUGAUAAACCGCAAGGCAUGACUCUGAAAGCGCUGCUGCAGGGAUCUGCCGGGAAUCAAAAGAAAAGCUCGUCGAAAAAUCGCUCGUCUAAAGUACCAAGAUUCAGGCGCAAGAAAAAUAAAAAAUCGUCUGCGAAUUCGGAAACAUGAAUCGCGCCGGCUGUGAAUUUCCUCGAUACAGUACUUCGAACCACCAGCUGCCUGUUAAACAGGUGCUGGUCAUUUGAUUCGUCAACCCGUAUUUUGAUGAAAUUUCACUCUAGCCUGCGGGACUUUUACCGUUAAACCAUGAUUGCUUGCGUGCGGCUCUCAUCUGCGUAAAAUAGCCA